GGCGCGGACGUCGGCCGGAGCUUGAGUCCUGUCCGGCCCGCUGCGCGGCUAGCUGCAGGGCAGAACCCGUUCUCCUGGGACCAUUCAGAAGCAAGAGACACCAACGCUGUGACAUAUGCCAGUGCCACCUCCACCACCACCUCCUCCUCUGCCUCCGCCUCCCCCACCCCUAGGGGCUCCUCCCCCUCCCCCGCCGCCAGCACCCCCGGUAGGUACAGACACUCCCAACUCGAGAAAGGCAGACCCCAAAGGUCGGAGUGCACUGUUGGCUGAUAUCCAGCAAGGAACUCGCCUACGGAAAGUCACACAGAUCAAUGACCGAAGUGCCCCACAGAUUGAGAAUUCUAAAGGAACCAACAAAGAAGGAGGAGGGUCUGCAAACUCUCGAGGCGGAAGCACACCCCCAAGCCUGGGAGAUCUGUUUGCUGGUGGCUUUCCUGUGUUGAGACCAGCCGGCCAGAGGGAUGUGGCAGGUGGCAAGACAGGGCAGGCCCCUGGCUCCCGCGCACCUUCUCCCCGGCUUCCCACGAAAACUAUCGGUGGCCCACUUAACCCCCCUGCAUCUCCCAGGCUAGGCAAUGCCUCCGAGGCUCAUGGCGCUGCCAGGACAAUCCCUCCUCGCCCCAGCAUGCCUGCCCCACCGCCUCCCACCCCGCCCCCACCUCCUCACCCCCCACCCCCUCUUUAUGCCUCCUGUAUCCCAAGGUCCUCUUUGCCUGCACCUCCUUUGCCAGGAGCUAACAACAACACUGAAGGCCCACUCCCACUGCCCCCCAAGUCUCCCAGCUUCCAGGCCCAGCCACCCAAGUCCGGCGUGCAGGCCUUGCCGGCACCACCGGCCCCUCCAGGAUCCCAGCCAUUCCUGCAGAAGAAGAGGCCCGGCCGAGGCCCAGGGACCAGUGGAGGAAAGCUAAAUCCACCCCCAGCACCCCCUGCGAGAUCACCUACCACGGAGCUUUCAAGCAGAAGCCAGCAGGCCCCAGCCUGGACCCCGACACAGCAGCCCGGAGGUCAGCUGCGUAACGGAAGCCUGCAUAUCAUCGAUGACUUUGAAUCGAAAUUCACGUUUCAUACUGUGGAAGACUUUCCUCCUCCAGACGAGUAUAAACCGUGCCAGAAGAUUUACCCCAGCAAGAUCCCCAGAAGCCGUACACCUGGUCCCUGGCUCCACGCCGAGGCAGCAGGGCAGAGCUCGGAUGACCUCAAAGGCAGAAAUUCUCAGUUAUCUCUAAAGACACUCCGGUGAGAAGACAGAUGAAGCCAAUGUCCCGUGAGCCACCUGGGGGUCCAUAUCGCCAGAUGGGCAUCCCUAGGAGAACGUGUCUGGCCUCGCCAUACUUAAGUUGGAAUUCAGUUGACAAGCUCUGGGUGGAGCAUUUAUUUAUUGUAAAUAUGUGGUUUGCACAGGCUUUAACUCAGUAUGACAGUCGACUUUUAUUUGCUUAAUUUAAAAAACCACACACCUACUAUGUUUCGCCAUUUUUUGAAGAUGCAUCUUGGCGUUCAUCCGUCAGUACAGACAGCGCCCUGUCCCCAUCCCAUGGUGUCCAUUCCAUGACUGUACAUAAUGCGUGCGGGCUGGCCCUUCCUAGAUUCUGAACCGUUUUUAGAAGAUUCCUUCGUCUGCACGUAGUCCCAAAGUUAUAGUACCCACAGCCGCUUGUUUGCAUGAUUCUAUAUUCUCGUCACACACACUGCAAAAUCAAACCAAAUAAUGCCUUAUAAACGAAGCAGCUCAGAGAGAGUAGUGUGUCCCCACACCCAGACAAUGCCACACAGCCUCCAGCGAACGAGAUGUCAUGUCUCGCUUCCGUUUCGCAGUACAGGGAUUUUUUUUUUCGGCCUCAUGUAAAUAUGAUGCAAAAGAAAGGCCAGAGUGGGCUUGGGCCCUCCGAUGCCAACCACAGGGCCCUUUUGUAACUGAAUGCUCCUACAAGUAGCCAAUGCCCUUCCUAUUUACAGUGCCCCUGGUGCCCAGAUGCCCAUGGCUUUCCUCCUGUCCCGCCUAAGUUCCCAACUCCAUCCUGGCAGCCAGGGCAAGGCGAGAUUUAUGAGAUUUGGGCAUUUUUUCUGCAAGUUAGAAACAUACAUAACUCAUUAUUAUAGUCAAUUACAUAUUCUAUCUCAGAGGUGGGUUUUUUUUUUCUUCCUCCUGGAGAGCAGGAUUUUCAUGGAAAAUAUGAUACGAGUAAGUGCAGACCGAAGCCUAUUAGCAAGUGUCUGCCUCACAUACCUGGUGCCUCACUCCUACCCUUAGGAACCCUGGAAGCACCCGCCAGGCAAACCUAGCUCCCUUCUGAGCUGAAGAGGACCUGAUUGGUCUAAGAGCUCCCCCUUCCCUGUGGGGGGGGGCGCACUUCUCUGUUGGGGAGAAGUGCCCAAGUCCAGCCACCCCUGAAGAUGGAACUGGUUGGAAGGGGCUCUGGCUGCUGUUCUCACACCCUUUUCCUUGAGCUGGCAAGGAAAUGGAAGUGUGUGUUUGCUUGCGCCUGACCCCAAAUGCUCCCCGUCUUUGGAGGGGGAAGCUGUAACACAGGAAGGAGAGAAAAUAGAAGGAAACAGACUGACCCCGGGUCUGUGCUCAAAAUAGGUGCAGAUUAGAGGAAAUGGGGGGGAGGGGUGGAAAGAGCAGUAGAAAAACAAGUGUCCUUUGAAACAACCCACUGUGCUCAGAGGUGAAGGACACUGUGCCCAGACCAAGCCAUCCAAAACAGGUAGCCGGUGUGGAGGGUUUGGGCAAACGUGACUGCAUACACUGAGCUGUUGUCUAGAGUAAAGACUAAGAUGGCCUCCUACACUGUUGUUGUGCUUUGUCAUUCCAGAGAGAAGCCACUGAGCAAGGUCAAGUGCCCUUCUCUGGGGAAUCAAUCAUGCCAAAUUGUCACUGCUAAAUCAAUUGGAAAAGAAGCUUUUGCAGGUCAUCAGCUCUGGGCAUAGCUGAUUUGCUUUAUUGGUUCUGGAAGGUUUCCAAAAGGUCAGGAUUUCUUUAUUAGAAUGGGAUCCACUCCAUCUCCCUCCCAGUUGUAUGACAAUAAUUACAAGGGUUUUAAUUAUCAUAAUGAAGAAGGCCCAAGACAAAGGCAAGUCCACCCUCAGAGGAGACGGGCUGCCCCGAGGAGGUGUUGAUGCAUUCAUGUUCUGCACCACUGGAAUAGAAAUUAAAACUAAAAACUAUCAAGGACAGAGGGAAGGGAUGAGCAGAAACCAAAAGUUGCAACUAGGGAGAAAUCUCAGGAAUCUGGCAUCCCAUCUCUCCUCGAGACCUGUCACCGAAUUCACACCCUCAGAAUUCCUGCGGUGCCUGCCUCUGGCAGGACAGACCUUUAGCCCCUUGACCAUAAACUCACCCAGAGGCAACGUGUUACGGCGCCCUUACCGCUCUUGAGUGUUCUCACUGACACCGUCGUCUGUGGCUCCCGUGUUUCAUAUGUAUAUUUAUUGAUGUGCCCUCCGCAGACUCAUUUCUUUGUAUGUAAUAAACUUUAAUAAGUGGAAA